GGUUAGGGGGUGGGGUCUGUCCUGCUGGCGGUGACAGGGAGUCGGCGAGUGAGCGGCGCGUCUCUCAUUCACAACGAAACAGAGAGAAAAAAACAAAAAUAAAUAAUAAUUAACCCAAAUUUUCAGUUCGAAAUCUUAUAUUCGGAGUUUACACAGCCCGGGAAGUCGCCAUGUCUGGAGAUGAGAUGAUUUUCGAUCCCACAAUGACAAAGAAGAAGAAAAAGAAGAAGAAGCCCUUCAUGCUGGAAGAAGAUGGGAUUGAACAACCAACAGAGGAGACGCCAGCGACCGAAUCCAAGGAAACUGUAAUAUCGGAGAAUGUGGAGGAGAAGGUUCCAGAGGCAGAUGAAGAUGACAAUAAGAAAAAAGAUACGACAGAUGACUUAGAUGACUUGGACUUCUUCAAUCAAAAGAAAAAAAAGAAAAAACCCAAGAAACCUAUUGGAAUUGACAAUGGUGUAAAGAUUGAGGCUGAUGUCACUGAGCAGGGAGAGGUUGAUGAUGAUGCCUUUGACAUCAGCAUGAUGAAGAAAAAGAAGCCAAAACCUGUGACUUUCGUGGUUGAGGAGUUAAACGAAAGGACAGAUGACAGACUUGAUGAUGAUGAAAGUAAAAGGGAUGAUGGCAUCACUUUUUCCACUCAGAGUGGUCCAGCCUGGGCAGGAUCAGAGCGAGACUACACUUACGAUGAGUUGCUGACUCGUGUAUUCAACAUCAUGCGAGAAAAAAAUCCUGAUAUGGUGGCUGGAGAGAAGCGAAAGUUUGUAAUGAAACCACCUCAGGUGGUCAGAGUAGGAACCAAGAAGACGUCGUUUGUGAAUUUCACAGAUAUCUGUAAACUGCUACAUCGUCAACCAAAGCAUCUUCUGGCAUUUCUGUUGGCUGAGUUGGGUACAAGUGGAUCCAUUGACGGCAACAAUCAGCUUGUAAUUAAAGGGAGGUUCCAGCAAAAACAAAUAGAAAAUGUAUUAAGGAGAUACAUCAAGGAGUACGUAACCUGCCAUACCUGUCGAUCGCCAGACACCAUCUUGCAAAAGGACACACGGCUGUAUUUCUUGCAGUGUGAAACUUGUCAUUCUCGCUGCUCUGUGGCCAGCAUCAAAACCGGCUUCCAGGCUGUUACUAGCAAGCGUGCACAGCUCCGUGCCAAAGCACAUUAACCUAAACCUUAACCACUGGAGGGAACAGGAACUGGGAGUUUAAUGUAAUAGGACUGUUUUACCAAACAAGGGGUGGGUUUUAAGCAGAUUAAAAUACAACAAUAAAAUGCUGCUGACUCGGGAGGGUGGGGAGGAGGAAAAUAAACUAAUAGUGAGCAUUGUUCUAUGAAGUCCUCCUGAACCUCAGUGUAUUGUAACAGUACUGUUGCACUGCUCUCUGUUCAUAUCUUGUCCAGUCUGCAGUAUAAAUGCAGGAAGAAAAUUGCCUUUUAUACCUUGUAGGCUGCUGGAAGUACAGCUCAAUUUCCUGGAGCUUGGAAGUGAUUCACUGAAUGUUGUUUAAGUGUGCAUAAUUUCUUUUUGAUUAUACCUCACCCUGGCUGGUUAUUUUCUGUCUGGCUACUGUAUUGUUUUUUUAAACAGGGAGGGUGGGGAGGAGGGGAGAUGACCAAAUUACGCUAAAUAAGUUUAGAAAUUUAUUAAACAAAUUCCCUGAAAAUAUUUAAAAUUGUGGACUUUUUAAAUUGAUUCCAUCUUUAAGUUGAAAUCUUUCUGAUGCCAGGGUGAGGCCUGAGUUGCAAAGCAUAAUCUACGCUGAUUUUUGCAGUGGCGUGGAAGGUUUAUCCAUAUUUAGCCGCAGAUUGGUUUGGAGGGGGUUUUAAAAACGUGACACCUUGUUGAACUGAUUACAGGCUCUGGAUUGUACAUCAUCCGGUGACAAGCGUGCAAGAAAAAUAUGUAAUAAAAUAGUAAAACUAGUGGUUAACAGCCA